AGCGGUCUCCAACUCCGUUCGUCGAUCUAUCUUCUUCUGUCUCUCGGCGAUGGAAGAGACGGUGGAGCUCCCGAGUAGGCUGGCGAUCCUUCCCUUCUGGAAUAAGGUCCUCUUGCCCGGCGCCGUCAUUCGAAUCUGCUGCACUUCGCCCAGUAGUGUUAAGCUGGUGGAGCACGAACUAUGGCAGAAGGAAAAGAAGGGAUUGAUUGGCGUGCUUCCAGUUAAGGACAGUGAAGGUGCUGCUGUAGGUUCGUUGUUAUCUUCAGGUAUCGGGAGUGAUUCUUGGGAACAGGGCCGUAAGGGAGAACCAAAUGCAACUGGAGGUUUUCACAAGCAGGAUGCAAAGAAGCCAAGGGAACUUACUCACUGGCAUAGCAGGGGAGUAGCUGCUAGAGCACUGCACCUCUCUAGAGAAGUUGAAAAACCGAGUGGGAGAGUCACCUAUGUUGUUGUUCUCGAAGGCCUGAGCAGAUUUAAUGUUCAGGAACUCAGUGCAAGAGGAAAAUAUUAUGUUGCAAAUAUCAACGGUCUGGAUUUGUCUAGUGCUGAGUUGGAGCAAGCAGAACAAGAUCCAGAUUUCAUUUCAUUAUCUCGCCAAUUUAAAGCUACAGCUAUGGAGCUCAUUUCUCUUCUUGAGCAGAAGCAGAAACUUGAGGGUAAGAAAAGAUUUCUCCUUGAUACAAUUCCUGUGUAUAGGCUAGCAGACAUAUUAGUUGCUAGCUUUGAAAUAAGUUUUGAGGAGCAAUUAUCAAUGCUUGAUUCUGUUAAUUUAAAAGUGCGACUCUCUAAGGCAAUUGAACUGGUGGACCAGCAUAUACAGUCAAUUCGUGUGGCAGAAAAGAUAACUCAAAAGGUCGAGGGUCAGUUAUCUAAGUCACAGAGAGAAUUUCUUCUCAAGCAGCAGAUGAGGGCUAUAAAGGAAGAACUUGGUGAUAAUGAUGAUUGCGAGGAUGAUGUAGCUGCCGUGGAAAGGAAGAUGCAAAAUGCAGGAAUGCCUCCUAAUAUAUGGAAGCUUGCUCAAAGGGAACUGAGACGCCUAAAAAAGAUGCAACCUCAGCAGCCUGGAUAUAACAGUUCAUGUGUAUAUUUGGAGCUUCUUGCUGAUCUUCCUUGGCGAAAAGUUAGUGAAGAACCUGAACUUGAUCUUAAGGCUGCCAAAGUGAGUCUUGACCGUGACCACUAUGGGUUGCUUAAAGUUAAGCAACGUAUCAUUGAAUAUCUAGCUGUUAGAAAGCUUAAACCAGAUGCACAAGGUCCUGUGCUUUGUUUCGUUGGUCCUCCUGGAGUUGGAAAGACAUCAUUGGCAUCAUCAAUUGCAAGUGCCCUGAGUAAAAAAUUUAUACGGAUAUCUCUGGGUGGUGUGAAGGAUGAAGCUGAUAUCAGAGGUCAUCGAAGGACAUAUAUUGGAAGCAUGCCGGGACGACUUAUUGAUGGAUUGAAGAGAGUGGCUGUUCGCAAUCCAGUUAUGUUGCUUGAUGAAAUUGAUAAGACGGGUUCUGAUGUCCGGGGGGAUCCAGCAUCAGCAUUGUUGGAAGUUCUUGAUCCAGAACAAAAUAAAACCUUCAAUGAUCAUUAUUUGAAUGUUCCUUUUGAUCUAUCAAAGGUAACUUUUGUUGCAACUGCAAAUAGAGUUCAACCUAUUCCUCCUCCACUCUUAGACCGAAUGGAAGUCAUUGAGCUUCUUGGCUAUACACCUGAAGAAAAACUAAAGAUAGCUCUCAAGCAUCUUAUACCACGAGUCUUAGAGCAGCAUGGACUAAGCUCUCAGUUCCUUCAAAUUCCUGAGGGCAUUGUGAAACUAAUUAUUCAGAGAUAUACUAGAGAAGCCGGUGUUCGUAAUCUUGAAAGGAACUUAGCUGCUCUGGCUCGUGCAGCUGCUGUCAAGGUUGCUGAAAAAGACUUCAUGGUUCACCUUGGCAAAGACAAUCACCCAAAGACUUCUUUGAUGAACACCAGGCUUGUUGAUACUGCUGAAGUUGAAAUGGAAGUCAUUCCUUUGAGUGUCGACAGUCAGGGAAUAUCAAAUUCUUUCUCAAGUGCCUCAGUUAUGAUCAUAGAUGAGGCUAUGCUUGAAAAAGUGCUUGGGCCUCCUAGAUUCGACGAGAAAGAAACUGCUGACCGUGUAGCUACUCCAGGAAUAGUCGUCGGUCUUGUCUGGACAACCUUUGGUGGUGACAUUCAGUUUAUUGAAGCCACAACAAUGGUGGGGAAGGGUGAUUUGCAUUUGACAGGACAACUUGGAGAUGUCAUUAAAGAAUCAGCACAUAUAGCUCUUACAUGGGUGAGAGCAAGGGCCGCAGAUCUCAAUCUGUCAACUGCUGGUGAUCAUAUCGGUUUGCUUGAGAAGCAAGAUAUUCAUAUUCAUUUUCCCGCUGGUGCUGUGCCGAAGGAUGGACCAUCUGCGGGAAUUACUUUAGUAACAGCCUUAGUAUCACUAUUCAGCCAAAGGAAAGUUAGAGCAGACACUGCAAUGACCGGAGAGAUGACCCUCAAAGGCCUUGUAUUACCCGUUGGCGGUAUCAAGGAUAAGGUACUGGCCGCGAAUCGGUAUGGUAUCAAACGAGUAAUAUUGCCUGAACGAAACUCAAAGGAUUUGGCUGAAGUUCCAUCAGCCAUUCUUGCCGGCAUGGAGUUAACCUGAUGAUAAUACCUCCGAUACGAUCGAAGAUCAUAUCGAUAACCUUUGUCACAAUUUUGAUACAGUAGGGGUUACCGAAAUCGAAACUCUUCAUUAUCAACCACAGUGAUCGACUGGACUGCUCGUGCUUGUUCAGCAAAAUUCCAUGAUUCUUGAUAAUAGUAGGAGACUACUACUCUUGUCUAACGAUCACUAUAUACUUUGCCAGAUGCUGCUUGUGAAGCGCAUCGAGGAUGUGCUAGAGCAUGCAUUCGAAGGCGCAAGCCCAUCGAAACCGACGUCGAAGUUAUAGCACUGCCUCACUCUACUUUGAAGAGCAUAUAAGUCGGCGAAGAAGAUGGAGCUGCAUCUUCGACUUCCACUUGCAAUUCCUAUCGAGCCUAACACACGACAUCUCUUUCACAUGUGACAUGGCCUGUCGCCUUGUUUCAUAUGCCUUCUUUGGGUACUUAGUGGAAUAAAACUUUUUAUUAUUAUUAUUAUAUACUACUGAACUUCAAA